GUGGAACCUUUGUGUAGUUGACGUUGUUUCCACACGGAGGAGCAGCAGUCCCAGACAUGGCUACCUGCACGCGGACUGUGUGGAAAGUGUUUACAGGAUGUCAGAGGCAGCUGAGAGCCCGAGGCCCCGCCCACACAGGCGUGUCACAGAUGAGCGUACCUGUCAGGACCUUCGCUGCCGUCAGGGCGAUGAAGAAGGAGAAGAAGAAGGAGGAGGCGGAGAAGGAAGUGAAGAAGGAGAAGAGGGUGAUCGACGAUAAAGACAGACACAAGCCGUACGGGAAGACGGCGUGGGCGCCAGUCGAUGACGUGUAUGUGAUGAGGUUUUACCCGAGGACGAUCCACGGUGCGGCGGACGCCAUCGACCUCCUGAAGAACUUCCAGGUUUUAGACUUCACGCCCAAAAAUCAGGCGGUUUUCAUCGACCUGAAGCUCGACAUGAAGCUGGAGAAGAAGAAAAGAGUCGACCAGUUCGUCAGCGUCGUUCACCUUCCUCAUCCCUUCAGGACGACGGAGAACAAAGUUUUAGUUUUUACUGAAGACGAGGAUCAGGUGAGAGAAGCUCAGCUUCACGGAGCGAUGUUAGCUGGAGGAGCAGAGCUCAUUCAGCCGGUGAGUUUAUAAACAAACAUCAAGUUU